AUGGAGUACAAAUGCUUCCAGAUGACUGCAACAUAUCGCGGCUUCGACAGUCGUCACAACGUGUUCUACCUGCCAAUAUGCACCAGUAACAUAGUCUUCCAUUCAGCUGCAGUGGGCAUUGUUUACGACAAAGAACAAAAAAUGCAAAGAUUUUAUCUCGGACACGAUGAUGAUAUAUUAUCACUAACUGUGCAUCCAAACAAAGAUAUCGUUGCUUCUGGACAGAUAGGGAAAUCACCAGACAUCCACGUGUGGGAGGGGACCUCCAUGAAGACGGUGAGCAUCUUGAAGGGAGGGCAUCAGAGGGGUGUCAGCUUUCUAGAUUUCACUGCUGACGGCAAGAAGUUGGCCAGCGUGGGACUUGAUGAUAACCACAUGAUCGUUGUCUGGGAUUGGAGAAAAGGUGCUCAGCUGGCAUCUACGAGAGGACAUAAAGAUAAGAUUUACAUGUUGAAGUGGAACCCUUUUGAUGGUAACAAGUUGGUUACUGUUGGCAACAAACACAUCAAGUUCUGGUGUCAAGCUGGUUGGUCUGAGUACAUAUUAUGA